CUUAAGUUUUUUUUCGUUCGCUGAAUUUUGAACACUCAUUCACAUCUAAUGUAUAUGAAGUUUAUUUAUUUGAUAAACAAUGAAGGAGAGUGAGGUUACAAAGUUCUUAGUAUCAUUCAGUGGUCACUUAGAGCACGUUCGAUUCCCGGCUGGUGUAUUCGACGAUCAACUUUACUUACAGUACGAGGUUGUUUGGGGUGAAGACUGGAGUCCUAUAUCUGGUUUAUGUUCUGGGGUCAGUCAGAUGGCUCAGUCAGGCCGUGAUCCAGAGAGGGUGACAUUCAAUAUGCCGGUUGAAAUGGUUUUUGGAAGCACUAAUAUAUUCGGGUGGCCACAAAUUGUAGUAACAGUGCGCGCGAAGAACGCUCUUACUGGUGAAAGCCUUCGAGGAUAUGCCUUAUUUCUUCUUCCGCCUACAACUGGGUCCCAUCAGCUUUCGGCGCAGUUAGUGCGGCCAAGGUCAGCCACGAUGCUCGGCCAAUGGAUAGCUUGGUUGACUGGGCGAUGCCCGGAGUUAGUCGAUCCCAAAAUGUUGGCGAGCGGAAAAGAUAAUUAUUUGCUAAAGACCGAGUCAUACGGAAGUGUCUCACUAAAGAUAACGAUGGUGUCAAAGGACCUUCGGAAACUUGGUUACGACAAUCAGCCAUCUGUUUGGAAGAGCCAUUAAAGUUAUUUUAAAUAAGAUCACAGAUUGUUAACAUUA